UAUGAUAAAAACUACAUAAACUCCACUCAAUAAAGAAGAACAAAGACGCUUAAAUUAAAUAGUUUAAUAAUUACUAGACUCUAAUGACAGCGUAGAAUUUAGACAACCAGUGGAUUACAAAGCAUUAAAUUUACAUGAUUAUAUUACAAUUGUCAAAAAGCCGAUGGAUCUUGGCACUGUCUAAAGAAAAUUAAAUAGCAACACUUACAAAACAGUGGAAGAAUGCUUGGAUGAUAUUCAACUUAUUUGGGAUAAUUGCAAAUUGUAUAAUGGUUCAUAGAGCGUAAAUAUUAAUAAAAAUAAUCAAGUGGAUUACUAAAAUAGCAGAAAAAUUAGAGAGAUUAUUUAAGAAAAAUGUUAGAAACUAUUUACCUCUUGUAAAUCUACCACAAUUUGUGCCUAAAUAAAAAGAAGCAGGGGCAGGGGCUGAUGUAUUCUAGGAGGAACCCUAAGAUUAAGUGAGUUACAAUGACAAAGUUGAGUUUUCUAAUAAUCUAAAACAAUUGGCUCCUGAAUAAAUUGGACUUAUAGUUCAUAUGAUCUAGAAUACAUCUCCAAAUGCAUUCAUUGAGAUAGAAGGAGAAAAAUAUUAAAUCAUAGUAGACUACAUUGAAUAUGAAGCAUUUGUUAAAUGUUAAAAGUAAAUACAAACUUGGAUUGCAGGUGAUUCAAUCAACAAGAAAGUGAAAAUUUGAC